ACGUAAAAUGUGGAGCUACCGCGGAGAGAAACAAAUAAACAAAUGUCACAAAGAGAUCGAGAACACGAAGAAGAAGCAAGAAUCUCUCCUUCCGAAGAUCACGGUCACGAAUCUCGCAGGCAAUCUCUCUCGAUCGUUCGUCCCUUGAAGAGCUUUUAAAUUUUUCUGGGGAGUUUCUUUAACCGACGAGAAUAAAUAGUACUCCGUAUAAUUCAUUCGCCAUGAAUGAGACAGGUUUAGAGGAAAAUAAGAAGGGCAAGUAUAUUCUGAUCCGUGACGGUGAAGAGGAGGACACCACUGAGUUAGGAGGACUCUUCUAUAAGCCUCUUCCUUGCUUCGGUUUUGGAAUCGGAUGGUUCUCGUUUCUUCUUGGAUUCGUCUUCCCGUUUGCGUGGUACUUUGCCACAUUUCUUUAUCUCUCCAACUAUUACCGUAGAGAUCCUCGGGAAAGAUCUGGUCUUGCUGCCUCUGCUAUUGCUGCGUUGAUAUUCACUGUUGCACUUGUGAUCACCGUUCUUGUACUUGUUUUCUCGGGUCGCUAGAGUCCGAUUGCAUAUUCUUUCUGGGGGAGUAAAAGUGUUCUGUUUUGAUGAAGAAGAGAAGAUAUACUGCUUGUCCUUUUAGAUUCAAAGUUUGGUUUGGUUUGUUCUUGUGCAUAAAAAUGUCAAAUUCUAAAAAUAUCAAAGAUGUGAUACCUAACUGACUUGUUGGAAGAGAUAUAUGUAGCUUCAGGCGUGUUACGUGUAUGUUAUUUUAUUUACACUAGUCUUUCGCUAGA